AUGGUGGCCUUCGAAGAGCCUGGAGCAUCAUCUGCUCCUAAUGGUGAGCACGAAGUCACCAACGAAAAACAUGAUGAUUCUGAAGCUUCAUCCACCACGAAGGCCGAAGAUGCCGGAUUAAAGCGCGAUGAGAAUGUUGCCCUUUGCACCUCUCACCAUCCAAGAUUUGGUGAUAAUCAAGUAUUUACUGCCAAUAGCGAUGACUCAGAGGACUUGCCGAAUAUCGAGAAGGCUGGAACUUACGACAAGAUCGAAUUGACUGAGGAUAUGUGUUACGAUGAACUCGGAUAUUCAUAUCCCAACUGGAAGAAGUGGAUGAUUCUCACAGUCAUCUUUUUUGUUCAAGUCUCCAUGAACUUCAACACCAGUCUUUACUCUAAUGCAAUUCCCGGGAUAUCGGAAGAGUUCGGCGUCAGCGAACAAGCAGCUCGAUGUGGUGCUAUGAUAUUCUUGGUGCUUUAUGCAUUUGGUUGUGAGCUGUGGGCACCUUGGAGUGAAGAGUUGGGACGAAAACCCGUUCUUCAACUAAGUUUGUUACUGGUCAACAUCUGGCAACUUCCUGUUGCACUCGCCCCGAACUUCGCGUCUAUUAUGGUUGGGCGAGCCCUGGGUGGUCUGUCUUCCGCUGGUGGUUCUGUCACCUUGGGAAUGAUUGCGGAUAUGUGGGAAUCGGAUACCCAGCAAUACGCGGUUGCUUUCGUCGUGUUCUCCUCUGUUGGUGGUUCUAUCCUUGGACCAAUUGUUGGUGGCUUCAGCGAAGCUUUCCUAAGCUGGAGAUGGUCCAUCUGGAUCCAGCUCAUCUUUGGAGGCUUUGUCCAGAUUAUGCACCUUGUUCUCGUUCCCGAGACCCGAACUACGAUUAUGCUGGACAAGAUUGCUAAGAAGCGACGCAAGAGCGGCAAAGACAAGAACAUCUGGGGACCGGACGAACUUGUUCCUUUCAGUGAUCGAUUCUCGGCCAAGGAAAUUUUGGUAACCUGGAUCCGACCUUUCAAGAUGUUCCUUACCGAGCCGAUUGUUCUUACGUUAUCGCUUCUCAGUGGUUUCAGCGACGCUCUGAUCUUCAUGUUCAUCCAGUCUUUCAGCUUGGUCUACAAGCAAUGGGGCUUCAGUACCGUUUCACAGGGCUUGGCUUUCAUCCCUAUCGGCAUUGGAUAUUUUAUCGCCUGGUUCAGCUUCAUCCCAGUUAUUCGAAGAAAUAUUGCAGAGCGCAAAGCAAAGCCUGACGAUGAAAAAGUACAAUACGAAUCUCGUCUCUGGUGGCUUCUGUACACAGCUCCAUGUUUGCCUAUCGGACUCAUCGGCUUUGCCUGGACCAGCACCGGGCCUCCACUUCCAUGGAUCGCCUCGAUGAUAUUCGCCGCUGUUGUUGGUAUUGCGAACUACUCUAUCUACAUGGCAACUAUCGAUUACAUGAUUUGCGCUUAUGGACCCUAUUCGGCGUCUGCAACUGGUGGAAACGGGUGGUCUAGAGACUUUUUGGCUGGUGUACUCACCAUUCCAGCAACUCCUUUCUUCACAAACAUUGGAGGGCAGCCUCUUGCAUACCCUUCCACCAUUCUGGCCUGCAUCUCCUUCGUCCUCGUCAUCGCAGUUUACGUUAUCUACUGGAAAGGACCAGUGCUCCGGAAACGCUCGCCAUUUGCUCAACAGCUCUCAGAUGCUAGAACAGAGUCAGAAGUUCCUGGACGUCGUCUCUCCAGGAUCCCAAGCAGACAAAGCGCUAUUCGAGCGCAUUCGUUCUCACGAUCGCAACAGGAGCUGAGAGUUAGGCAAACUAUGGGAAGCCGGAAGACGAACGCCAAUGGCGAGUCGGAAUAA